AUGGUGAUGAUGAGCUCAGUUCAAGGUUUCAUAUUGGUCAUGACUUUGAUCUUCAUCGUCAAUGCCACCUCGACAACCGUGAUAGUGCAAUUGGCAGAUGGAGGGGUGCACGAUGAUCAAUCGACACUGACUUUGGUCGUUGCUCCAGAUGGGAGCUGCACUUUCAUUAGGGUAGGGGAUGCAAUAGCCUUCGCGCUAAACAACAGCGAUGGUCGAACGAUCAUCCAAAUAAGAGCAGGUAUAUAUGAUGAUUACAUCGAGGUUCCAAACUACAAAACAAAUAUAACAUUGUAUGGGGAAGAAAGCAGCGUCACGAUAAUAAGAGGAAACAGGAAUGUCAACGAUGCCAUCUCGGGCCAAGGCUUUAUAGCCCAAGACAUCUGUUUCAAGAACACAUCAGGUGCAUCCAAGGGCCAGGCGGUAGCGCUGCGCGUCGAUGUCGGUUUCGUCGCAUUCUACCGUUGUGCCAUUGAUGAAUAUCAAUACACUUUGUUUGCACGUCGUGGUCAACAGUCCUAUCGAGAGUGCAACAUCUUAUGCACCGUAGACUUUAUCUUCGGUGAUGCCUACGCCUUCUUCCAAAACUGCAUGAUCUGUGCCAAAUUGCCAAUGCAAGGGCAAGACAAUGCCAUCACAGCCCAAGGCCGUGAAAGUGAAAGCGAGGCUACAUGCUUUUCGAUGCAAAACUGUUCCAUCCUGUAG